AUGGGAACUUCUGUUUUACUUUGGUUUACCUUGAUGUUACAAGCUUUGGCUCUACCAAUCACAGCUAAACAAUGGACUCCAACCUCAACUCACUUCUAUGACUUUAAGGUUCAGAUGAGCAGGGUCACAAAGUUGUGCAACACUAAGGACAUAGUCACUGUCAAUGGGAUGUAUCCAGGACCAGUCCUUUAUGCGCAAGAAGAUCAAAAUGUGGCUGUCAAAGUUACCAAUGAAUCCCCUUACAACAUCACAAUACACUGGCAUGGUGUUCGACAGAAGCUUUCCUGUUGGUAUGACGGUCCUGCAUACAUAACCCAAUGCCCUAUCCGACCAGGACAAAGCUUCACAUAUAAGUUCACUAUGGUGAAUCAAAAGGGCACCCUUUUAUGGCAUGCUCAUUCCUCAUGGCUUCGAGGCACCGUUUAUGGUGCAAUCGUUGCAUACCCCAAGCCGACACUACCCCUUCCUUACACCCCACCUUAUGAAGAACAAAUCAUAAUACUCGGUGAAUAUUGGCUAAAGGAUCUCGUGCACCUUGAGCAUGAUGUUCUAUAUAGCGGUGGGAGUCCUCCACCAGCAGACGCGUUCACCAUUAAUGGGCAUCCCGGACCAAACUACAACUGCUCAAUCAACGAUACAUAUACAUUACAAGUUUUACCAGGGAAGACCUACCUACUAAGGAUAAUCAAUGCAGCACUCAACAUGGAGCAGUUCUUUGCCAUUGCCAACCACAAUCUAACCAUAGUUGAAGCUGAUGGGGCCUACACAAAGCCCUUAGCUGUGACCCAAGUCAUGCUAGGUCCGGGCCAAACGAUCAAUGUUCUCGUAACAACUGAUCAACCGAUAGGCAUGUACUCCAUGUCCGUGGGACCUUAUAUGUCCGCUAAAAAUGUGACAUUCCAAAAUAUAUCCUCCAUUGCUUACUUCAAGUACCUUGGUUCUACCUCGAGUAACUUCCCUUUAUCCGCCACAUUGCCAAGUUUCAAUGAUACCCGGGUGAUCAAAACCGUCAUGGAUGGGUUACGGAGUUUAGGGUCUGUAAAAGUUCCAAAGGCGGUUGACACCAAUCUUUUCAUCACUGUUGGGAUCAAUGUACAAAAAUGUACCUCCAAGAGGCCCUUGCGACGUUGCAAGGGACUCAACGGAGGGAUCAUGGCCGCCUCAAUGAACAAUAUCAGCUUCAUAAACCCGAAAAUCUCACUUCUUGAAGCAUACUACAAGAAAAUCAAUGGCCAUUUUACAGAGGAUUUUCCUGAUUUACCUUUAAAAGUGUAUGAUUUUGUGAAUAAUGCCCCUAAUGAUAUCCCUAAUAACACCCAAUCCCUCAUUGGAACUAGAACCAAGAUCAUAGAAUAUGGGUCUAAAGUACAAAUAAUUUUACAAGAUACAGGGACUGUGACAACAGAGAAUCACCCUAUUCAUCUUCAUGGGCAUAGUUUCUAUGUAGUAGGAUAUGGUGUAGGGAACUACAACCCAAAAGCCACAUCCUUCAACUUAGUAGACCCACCUUACAUGAACACCAUAGGUGUCCCUGCAGGUGGGUGGGUGGUGAUCCGGUUUGUAGCAGAUAAUCCAGGAGUGUGGUUCAUGCAUUGUCACAUGGAAGUGCACAUGUCUUGGGGUCUGUCUGUGGUAUUGAUAGUGAAAAAUGGUCAAGGCAAGCUAGAGGCUCUUCCUCAUCCUCCUGAAGAUCAACCAAGAUGCUAGACAUAGUAUGUUAUAUAAAUUGGUAGAGUAUAUAACAUAUUAUGAGGCCUCAACCAUCAGCUUAAACUUUUAGUUGAGAUGGUUCCUUAACAUGUAUCAGCUUAAGCUGAUGGUUGAGGUAGUAACAUAUAUUAUAUACUCUAACAUAAAUAGCAGGCACCAACAUUCAUUUUGCUGUCUUUUGAGGGAGAAGGGCAAUGGUAGAGGAUUGAUUUGAUUUUUAUUUCUUUUGUGAUGCAAGGAGAGGAGGAUUUGAAGAACUAAACAUGACUUCCAUUAUUCUUACAAAUUUUGCAUACUAAACAAAGUUAGAUGAUUUAAUUUGUGUCAUUCUAUUUCCAAGACAUAAAUGUUUGUAACAAAAAUAUUCAAAUUAUUCUUAGAAGUCAAAACUUUUAAACUAACAGACCUGAAGAUUCAACAUUUAUCAGAUAUUGAUUCCGAACUCUAUUUGGUCCGACUUUAAAAAUUGAGUUAUAAUUAUGUAAAAAGCAAUAUGGAC